UUGCCCGCGGCUUUCGCUUAACAAAUGAUUGACAGCUAGCGUUCGUGUGUAGCCAAUUUCAGCCGUGACUUCCCGUAUGAGCUGAAAAGGUCGUGCUGUUUCUAUAUUUCAGACGUUUUCAAUUGCUUUUCAAGAAUAGAACUUUUGUCUUGCUCAGAUGUUCACUCACUCAGAGAGAAAAUUUGAUUGAAAACGUGACCGCAAGGGAGAAAACAGGCCUGAGUGUGAUCGAGUACGUCAGAAGAUUGCGAUUAAGUGUUCGAUCGAAGACGAGUUCGGAGAGGAAUUUGUCCUUUUUGAUCAGUGAAGCUAACAAUUAAGUUUCAAAGCAUCCGUGUCGAGAAACACCUCGCGCGCAAGAAAUGGCGAAAGCUUUUUGACUUGAGUGUUUGAGUAAUGGCUGAUGAAACAAGAGAGGAUGGUACUGGUCUCAUGAAUCAAGGAGAAACUCCUGAGGAAAAAUCCCCACAAGAAUUAUCAUCUGCUGAUGAUAUAGCUGCUGAUGAAUUGUUUGAUUCUUUUAUGGAGAUUGCUAAUGAUCCUAAACUCCAAGAAGAGGAGGCUAAUGCUAUAAGUGGAGUUGGAGAUGGAGUAAGGGAGCCCUCUGACCCUCCUGAUCAGAAGCUUCAAGACAGCAGUAGUGAUGCAGAGAAACAAGAUAAAAUGGAAGGAACAAAUAAUCCAGGAGAAGCAAAUGCUUCUUCUGAUCCUUCCAUCUUAGAGCAAAAUGAUUCUAAUAGCAUCACUGAUAAACUACAAACUGAUGCUCAAACUGGAAAAAAUGAUCAGAACAAAACAGAAAGUGAUCUUAAGGAUUCUUUGAAUAGAACACUUGAGAAAGAAGAAGCAGUGGAAUCUUCAGAUCUGUCAUCACCUGUUAAGGAAUCCAACAACAGUGAGAAUGAACAGUCAUGUCCUCAAGGUAAAGAUGGAGUGGAAGGUGGUUCUGUAUCAUACAUUUCUGAUAGUGGUGAGGUAAAUUCACAUGGUGCACCUGAGCAAGGUGCUACAGAGGUACCAUCUGAAAAAAUGGCAAUAUCUGAUCAGAUUUGUGAUGAAGAGAAAUCAGUUGAUCAAAAUGGUACAACUGUUGUUGUUCCGUCAAAUCCAGAUGCAACAAGUAAGUCAGUAAGGACAGAAGAAAGUUUAGAAAAGAGUUUGAUUGAUACUGUAGUACAAACAACUGAAAGUAGUGAGACUGAUAGUGUUGACAGUGCUAAUGUUUCAUGUGGUGAUGUCCAAGAGGUUGAUAAUGAGAAUUACCCAAAAUCAACCACUACUGAUCUUGCCAAGAGCUUAUCAAAGGCCAUGGAGGAUCUAGCAGGGCUAGAACAGCAACUGUGUACAGCAAUGACUCAGAUGAAACAAUCAAAUGAAAAGAAAAUAGAGGAAGAAAGUGGCAAAGAAGGAUGCAUUGAGGCGAUUACAUCAGAAAAUGUUGACAAUGGAAACAAAGAUGAAGAGAGUUGUAAGAAGAUAGCAGAUGAAGUUGAUAAUGACAACAGGGAAACUGAAGUGGACGUUACUGAAACACCAGUCGUGGAAAAGGAAAAUGCUGUAUCUGAUGAGCAAGUUCUACCAUGCAGUGAGGAUUCACAAGUUGAAGACAGCAGUGUCUUGGAGACUAGUAACCCAGCAGAUGGACAUGAAGAUGUAGGGCAAGAAGGUGAAUUAUCAGGAGAAGUAAGUAAUGCAGAGGAACCUUUGCAAGAAGUAACAGGACAGGAAUGCAAAAAUGACCUUGACAAUGCCUCCACUGAGAAGUCAGAUUCUGCAGAUGAACUUGACUUGGAAGUUGCAAGGAGUGGCAUGGAAGCAGCAAUACCUGAUAUUGAAAUUACAACAGACGAGAGUGGCAUAUCAGCAGGAACAGAGGAAAGCUCAUCAAACAGUCGACCAGGAACACCAGCAUCAAAUGAGGAUGGGAUAGAUUCAGACACACCUUCUGAUUAUGGAGAUGAUGAGGAGAAUAAUGCCUUUGGUACUGACAAUCUUGGAGCUUCUAAUAGAAAGUCAUGGCUUCUGGAAACAGACAGGGAACGCUUGUCAUCAGAUUCAUCAACUGUUUCUGAGAGAGACUUCCGUGAAAGUUUUUCCAAAAGUGACAUUCCUAAUGGAAAAUUAACGAAGGAGGAUUACAUCAGAGGACACUUGUUGAAGAUGGGCGGAUCUGGCUUAACCCCAAAGAACUGGAGGAAAAGAUGGUUUGUGUUGAGAAGUGACAACUGCCUGUACUACUACAACAAACAAAAAGAUAAAUCACCCUGUGGUGCAAUCAUCUUGGCAAACUACUCAAUAUCAAAAGCACCUGAGAUUAACAAACCCCACUGCUUCAAGCUGACCAAAGGUGGUGCAAGGACAUAUUACAUGUGCGCAGGUAGUGACGUGGACAUGCGCAAGUGGAUGAUGGCCAUGAUGGAUGCAAUCAAGGGGUCAUCUGGCAGUUCCAAUCCAUUCACUCUUUCGGAAGGAAGUGUCCACAAUGUUAGCAUUCCUGCCCUAUCAAUCAGGGAUCCUGAUUGCCAUGGUUACCUACACAAGCAAGGCCAGGGUAUCAAGGUUUGGAGGAAACGCUAUUUUGUCCUUAAGGAUGGCUUUCUCUACUACUACUCUGACAUGUCCAACACUGUUGCCUUGGGAGUGGCAAAGCUUCAUGGCUACACAAUUCAAAUAGGAGAGCAGAAGGAAAAGAAAUACUACUUUAAAGCUGUUUCUACAGAUCCAUUAUAUAGGACUUACUUUUUUGCUGCCGAUAGUGAUAUGGACAGGAAUAGGUGGUUUUCAAAACUGGAGGACUCCAUCAAGAAAGGAUCAAUAGUCUGUGGAGAAGGAAUGAAAGCAUAAUUUCAAGGUUAAACCAUUUUUAGUGACUACUGUGACUGCUGGUCCUCACUUUUGUGUGUGAGUUUAACAAGUGGCAAUGGAUCAGAAAUACUUUAAUAGUUUUAACCUGGAAUAUCCAACACACAUUUUUUUUAUUUAAUAUUUUUGACAGAGAGAGUAGAAAGAAAGAAACAGUGGGAAAGGAAGACAAUUCAAGAAAUAGUGAGACAAUUGAGAAACAAAUGAGCACCAUAAUGGGAGGGUGUUGAGUCAUCUGUGUGUGUGUGUGUGGGUGGAGUGGUGA